AAUAACAUUCGAAGACGUUCGAGUUCCCAAAGAAAACGUACUGAUCGGUGAGGGAGCUGGUUUCAAGAUUGCGAUGGGUACUUUCGAUAAAACACGACCCCCGGUGGCUGCGGGUGCUGUAGGACUAGCCCAACGUUGCCUGGAUGAGGCCCUCAAAUAUUCACUGGAACGUAAGACCUUUGGCGUUCCAAUUGCAGCCCAUCAGGCAGUUUCCUUUAUGCUGGCUGAUAUGGCAAUCGGUGUCGAAACCGCUAGAUUAAUUACGAUGAAGUCCGCCUGGGAGGUUGAUCAGGGCCGAAGAAAUAGCUACUAUGCCUCCAUUGCCAAGUGCUACGCAGCAGACAUGGCCAACAAGGUGGCGUCCGAUGCGGUACAGGUCUUUGGCGGAAACGGGUUCAACACCGAGUAUCCAGUGGAGAAGUUGAUGCGGGAUGCCAAGAUUUAUCAAAUCUACGAGGGUACAUCGCAGAUUCAGAGAUUGAUCAUUUCGAGAAACAUGAUGGAAAUUGCAAAGGGAAAGUUGUGAUGAGUGGAUAGAUCGAUAUAGAUUUAAGAGUAUUUGUUUUUUGUUACUCCACUAUUUGAAAGUUUUUGGUGCAAGUAAAGUAUAGAAUUUUUUAUGAAAAAAAAACAACAGGCGACGUUGUAAUAAACUGGAUGCUUGAGUAUAGA